CACUUCCUCUGCCGCCGCGCCUCUCCCGCGCCUCCCCCUCCCUGCCCGACCCCCCCUCUCCCGCCGCCGGCGCCGCCACGAAGCACGGUGCCUAUGGAGGUAGACGGCGAAGCCCGCCCGUUUCUCCUCUUCUCCAAGCCCAAGUCCAAUCGCCGGACUGAGCCUCAGCCUCAAGUUGAGGCCCAGCCGAAACCUCCGAAACCCGACCCCACUCCCGCCGUCCAGACCGACCACGGCGACUCAGACUCCGGCGGUUCCGGCUCCGACUCCGACUCCGACCCGGCGCCUAACAUCGUGAUCGACCACGGCGACACCUGCAGCGCGGACGGCGCCGCCGCCGACGCGCUCGCUUCCUUCGCGGACCUCGGCCUGUCGGAGUGGCUGGUCGACGUGUGCACCUCCCUGGGCAUGCGGCGCCCCACGGCCGUGCAGCGGCGGUGCAUCCCGCGCGCGCUCGCCGGCGAGAACGUGCUCGGCAUUGCGGAGACGGGCAGCGGCAAGACGGCCGCGUUCGCGCUCCCAAUCCUGCACCGCCUCGGCGAGGACCCCUUCGGCGUCGCCGCGCUCGCGCUCGCGCCCACGCGGGAGCUCGCGGCGCAGCUCGCGGAGCAGUUCCGCGCGCUCGGCUCGCCGCUGGGGCUCAGGUGCCUCGCGGCGAUUGGGGGGUUCGACUCGCUCGCGCAGGCCAAGGGCCUCGCGCGCCGUCCCCACGUUGUUGUGGCCACCCCCGGCCGCAUUGCCACGCUCAUCAAGAACGACCCUGACCUUGCCAAAGUCUUCGCCCGCACCAAGUUUCUUGUGUUGGACGAGGCAGAUAGAGUUGUAGACUCCAAUUUUGAGGAGGACCUUAAGGUGAUAUUUGAUUGUUUGCCAAAGAAGCGGCAAACAUUUCUAUUUUCUGCAACAAUGUCGGAUAAUCUGCGAUCUUUGCUCGAGCUCUCGGGAAGCAAGUCAUAUUUUUUUGAGGCAUACGAAGGGUUCAAGACGGUUGAGAACUUAAAGCAACAGUAUAUCCAUAUACCUCCGGAUGGAAAAGAGCUCCAUCUUCUGUAUCUCCUGUCAAAAAUGAAGGAAGAUAAUAUACGUUCAGCCAUUGUAUUUGUUUCUACUUGCAGGACAUGCCAAUAUUUGGACUUUGUGUUGCAAGAGCUUGGUCGACCUGCUGUUUCUUUGCACUCUCACAAGGCUCAGUCACACAGGCUUUCAGCGUUGCAUCGUUUUAAGUCUGGUCAGGUCCCUGUGUUGAUUGCUACCGAUGUGGCUAGUCGUGGGUUGGAUAUCCAAACUGUUGAUCUUGUUAUCAACUAUGACAUUCCAAGGUUCCCACGUGAUUAUAUCCAUAGGGUUGGGCGAACUGCAAGAGCUACCAGGAGAGGGCUCUCAAUAAGCUUUGUGACCCAGAGGGAUAUAUGUCUCUUACAUGAGAUAGAAGAUGACGUGGGAAAUCGAUUUGGUGCAUACGAGUGCGACGACAAAGAAGUCACCAAAGAUAUUACAAAGGUAUUCAAAGCGAGGCGUCUUGCAAACAUGAGGAUGGCAGACGAGGGCCACGAAGACAAGGUCCAAGACAGGAAAGACCAGAAGAAGAGAGACCAGGCGAGAAAGCGCAAACACGACGAGUGAAGUGAACCUGGCUAGAGAUGGCUCACGCUUUACGACUUGCUUUGUGGACGGAGUGUGCCCCGUCGCAGACAUCGGGCAGUCAGUUCC